AUGGGCGACUCUACCCCACCUUCCCCUCCCCCACCUUCAGCAGACACCAAAAUCCACCCCGCUGCCACCGUCACAAAUAUCAAGAACUUAAUCCCCACCCUCCUCGAGAUGGAAACCGGCCAAUGUUCCUCCUGGUGCGAACUAUUCCGCAUUCAGUGUCGUGGUUUCCACGUUAUCGACCACCUAAAACCUAAACCUACCGCCUCCUCCUCAACCUCCGAUAAACCCUCUGUUGAUGAUAAUUGGGAUAGACUUGACGCCAUUGUCUUGCAAUGGAUUUAUAGUACUAUCUCCAAUGAUCUCCUUAACACCAUCAUACGUCCUCGAAAUACUGCCUAUGAUGCGUGGUCCACGUUGGAAGGCCUUUUUCAAGACAAUAAGAACGCACGUGCAAUCCAUCAAUCCAUCUGA